CAUGCUGACUGCAGUGGGACUCGAACUUGCUACCCCCUGAUUCAAAGUCCAGACCUAACUUUUAUAUAGGCCAGUUGUGAACUUGCAUACAGCUGAGGCAGAUUGCAGCAGUUAUUUUUGCCUGACUGUAUAUACAUGUUUUUGCUUGUAAUGUGCUAAUAUCUACCCUAUAAUUUUCCAGCUGCACUUGAGAAAUACCUCAAAAAGCCCCCAGUUGCUGGAGAAGGAACAUCUGAUCUCCCAUGUACAUCACACUCUGAAGAAUGUGAAGGAAUAACGAGCACAGUAUGUGAGUCCACCAUUGCAGUCCCCUCAGAUCCUGCUGACUGCCCAGCACUGAGUGAUACAGUGAGAAAAGCCAUGUGAACAUCACAUUGAAAUCAUGGUCUGAUACCAGAUGGGAGAGUCGGAUCAACAGCAUAGAGGCUGUAAGGUAUUAGGCUGCAGAAGUCAGAGAUGCACUAAAGAGAUGAGGGAUAAAGCUACAGAUGGAGUUGUAAAAAUGGAGGCACAAUCUUUGGCUGAAGAGGUUGGAUCAUACCGCUUUGCAAUAUGCACUGUGGUAUGGUAUGACAUCCUGACCAACAUCAAACAUGUCAGCAAAAUGUUGCAAUCAGUGUCAAUGCAGCUGGAUAUUGCUGUUGACCUGCUGAGAAAAACAGAGGUUUCUUUGGUCAGCUACAGAAGCAAUGGAUUUGCUUCUGCCCAAGCAUCUGCCAAAGACAUCUGUGGCCAAAUGAAUGUGGAAGUUGUUCUCAAGCAGAAGAGGCUGAGAACAACCAAGAGACAGUUCUCCUAUGAGUCCCCGGAGGAGCAAGUGAGUGAUGCACUAAAGAAACUCAAAGUUUCUUUUUUCAAUAUGGUGGUGGAUGUUUCCAUUGCAUCACUGCAGGAGAGAUUCAAGGCCUUAGGUGAAGUAGAGGAAAAGUUUGGGGUGCUACUCAACUUCCCUGACCUGCCAAAGGAAGAUCUGACUAAGCAGUGUGGAACACUCAGCAACACCCUGAGCUGGGGUGGACAGUCAGACCUAGAUAAGAGGGAACUUGCACUGGAGAUGCAGAAUUUCCCAGCUUUGCCAAAAGCCAACAUGACCACCCUGGAACUUCUGACUUUCCUACAAGAGAAGAAAAUGAACGAAGUGUAUCCAAAUAUGUGGGUGGCCCUCAGGAUCGCUGUCACUAUUCCAGUGACAGUUGCUGCUGGGGAGAGGAGCUUCUCCAAAUUGAAGCUCAUUAAAACAUACCUGAGGUCGUCAAUGGCUCAAGAACACCUCAAUGGAUUAGCUUUAAUAAGCAUCAAUCGCGAGGUUUCGGGGCAAAUAUCAUUUGACGAUACAAUAAAUGAAUUUGCAGCAAGGAAGUCCAGACGUGUCCGACUUUAAGGAUGUGGACUAAUUAAAGGACACAAUAACAUAGCA